AUGGACUCCAGCUUCCUCCCUGCCGGCGCGGAGAGUGGCUCGGUGGUGUCGGGCGGCGCCAACAAUGGCGCUGCGGCUCAGCAGCAGGCGCCGCCGCUGAUCCGCGAGCAGGACCGGCUGAUGCCGAUCGCGAACGUGAUCCGCAUCAUGCGUCGCGUGCUGCCGGCGCACGCCAAGAUCUCGGACGACGCCAAGGAGACGAUCCAGGAGUGCGUGUCCGAGUACAUCAGCUUCAUCACGGGGGAAGCCAACGAGCGGUGCCAGCGUGAGCAGCGCAAGACCAUCACCGCCGAGGACGUGCUGUGGGCCAUGAGCCGCCUCGGCUUCGACGACUACGUCGAGCCGCUCAGCGUCUACCUCCACCGCUACCGCGAUUUCGAGGGCGAGGCGCGGGGCGUCGGGCUCGCCCCGGGGGCCGCCCCUUCGCGCGGCGGCGACCACCACCACCACCACCCCCUCAAGUCCCGCGGUCCCGGCGGCGGCUCCGGAGCCGCCAUGUUACCGCACCACCACCACCACCACGACAUGCAGAUGCACGCCGCCAUGUACGGGGGCACCGUGCCCCCGGCGCCGGGGCCUCCGCACCACGGCCACGGCCACGGGUUCCUGAUGCCACACCCACAGGGCGGCAGCCACUACCUGCCUUACCCCUACGAGCCCACGUACGGCGGCGAGCACGCCAUGGCCGCGUACUACGGAGGAGCCGCCGCGUACGCGCCCGGCAACGGCGGCGGGAGCGGCGACGGCAGUGGCAGCAGCGGCGGGAGCGCGUCGCACACACCGCAGGGCAGCGGCGGAUUCGAGCACCCGCACCCGUUCGCGUACAAGUAGAGUUCGCUCAGCAAAUAAAGCCAUCGAUCUGCUGAUGAGGAUCUGCACGUACGCAUGCAUGUAUCGGCCGGGCGCAUGCAGGUCCUAGCUAGUGUGUGCACUGCUAUUUAAGUUGAAUUGUCCCCGGCUAGCAGCUUAUUAUUUUCCUUAAAAUGUCAGUCUCUAGUUUUUAGUAGUAGUACUGUUCAAUGCUUGCCACUAUGUAGUAUUGUGUUCGGGUAA